UUCUCCCUCGUUCUCUCCUCUCCCUCUCAGAAUUCUCUCUCUCUCUCUCUCUCUCUCCUCCAACCUUUGGGAUUCCCAGCAGGAGAGAGAUAUAUAUAGAGAGAGACAGGGGGAGGAAAACUACCAAAACGGCUACAAAUUGACGUCUACAUGUUGUCUCCAUCCCCAGAAACUUAGAAAAUAGCCACGGAAACAAUUUGGGCUUGUUUUGUUGUAAUUCCCUGUCGAUACUCUGGUGUUUGAUAUUUGGGUGGUUUUUGUUGUCAUCAAAUUUAAACCCACGGAUUCAGACCAGGAUUUGAGAGAGAGGAAUUAAGCCGGCAUUCUGGGGCUAUAUCUGUAAACUGGGUUCCUCAUGGGGCCUGACGGGUAUUCCUGUUCCAAGAAGACCGAUGAUAUCUGUGCAGAAGUUUGUGGCCAGCAGGCAACCCGGGGAAGGCUGAAUUUGUCGAGACUAUGUUGUAUGCUGCGAGGUGUGGAUUUGAAGACGUUUAUAUUUCUGUUUGUAAUUGUUCCUCUUGGCAUAGUUGGUAUUUAUUUCCACGGUCCAACCCUUUCCGCCUUCUUUAGGCCGCUAUGGCAAUCUCCUCCAAAGCCGAUGGUAAAUAUACCUCACUACUAUCAUCCGAAUGUUUCUAUGGAAAAUCUUUGCAAACUUCAUGGUUGGGGAAUUCGUGAGUUUCCUAGGCGAGUCUUUGAUGCAGUUCUGUUCAAUAAUGAAGUGGACAUGCUUACGAUACGAUGGAAAGAAUUGUACCCUUUAAUCACACAGUUUGUUCUUCUUGAGUCCAAUUCGACUUUCACCGGAUUGGCCAAACCUUACUUUUUUGCCAUCAGCCGUGACCAGUUUAAGUUUGUUGAGCCUCGACUAACUUACGGGACUAUUGGUGGGAGAUUCAAGAAAGGUGAAAACCCAUUUGUUGAAGAAGCUUAUCAAAGAGUUGCCCUAGACCAUCUUUUGAGAAUAGCGGGAAUACAAGACGAUGACCUAUUGAUUAUGUCGGACGUUGAUGAGAUUCCCAGUGCCCACACAAUCAACCUCUUGAGGUGGUGCGAUGAUAUCCCCCUGAAACUUCACCUUCAGCUGAGGAACUAUAUGUACUCAUUUGAGUUCCUUUGGGAUCAUAAGAGUUGGAGAGCUUCAGUACAUAGGUAUCAGAUGGGAAAAACUAGGUAUGCUCAUUAUCAUCACACCGACCUCCUCUUGUCAGAUUCGGGAUGGCAUUGUAGCUUUUGCUUCCGCCAUAUCAGUGAAUUUGUAUUCAAGAUGAAAGCUUAUAGCCAUUACGAUCGGGUGAGGUUUUCUCAUUACCUAAACCCUAAAAGGAUCCAGGAUAUAAUUUGCAAAGGGGCGGAUUUAUAUGAUUUGAUUCCCGAGUACCACACGUUCAAAGAGAUAAUCGGGAACAUGGGACCGAUUCCUCAUUCUUAUUCAGCUGUAAAUCUUCCUUCAUAUUUGUUGGAAAAUGCUGACAAGUACAAAUACCUUUUGCCGGGGAAUUGCAGAAGAGAAUCUGAGGUUCGUUCGUGAACUAUAGAAGUGCGAUUUUGGGUUGCACUGUGGACUGUGGAGGCUCCAUUACAUACUUGAUGACGACUUAAUUGUUGGAAUGAUUGAUUCCAGUGUCAGGUCAUAUUCUAUAUUGAGCAGACUAAAAGAUUUGGUUGGUUCUUGGAUUUCCGGGGUAAAUAUUGUAUCUUUUUGCUUCUGAUCUUAGGAGUUUCAUCCGGGAUCGAGGUACAUAUCGGUUGUGCGAUUCAAUACUCGUGGUUGAGGAACGGGGACAAACGACUUUGGAGAGAAUCUGUCGGCACGAUUUCCAUGUUGGAUUUAUAGUGGGGUGACAUUUUCCCAGCCUUCUAUAGCAUAGGAACAUUCUGUUUCUUUUCUUGCUUUAUUGUAACAAAUCUAAUCAACAUAUUGAUAGUGGUAUAUAUGCUAACAAAAAUUCGUAUUGCUGUUUAACUCA